AUGGCUUUUUGGUGGAAGAAGAGUCCCAAGACUCCUAGUGAUUAUGUUAGACAUUUGAUCGAGCAGUUAGACAAAUUGGAGUCCUCUAGUAUUGGAAGCGAUAACCGUAAGAAGGCACAGGAUGAAUGUGGCAGACAUAUUGCAGGAACGAAACACUUUUUAUUGAAGGAGACAGACCCGGUACCCACGCAAGAGGCGCUAGACGAGCUUUAUUAUUCCAUAUAUCAAUCAGAUCUUUUCUUUAUGUUGUUGCAUUCGUUCCCCAAUCUCGAUUUUGAGGCGAGGAAAGACGUAGCUAUGAUAUAUUGCAUAUGUUUGGGUAGAUCUAAGGAUAACAAGCUACCAACGGUUGAUUAUUUGUUAGCGAAACCUAAAUUUAUGUCUACAUUGUUAAAGACUUCUGAGACGUGUAUCACAAAGCCAGGAGGAUCGGACAUUUUUCUUACCGCAUCUGGAAUGAUCUUGGAGACCAUCAAACAAGAACAGCUAUGUCGGAUUAUCAUACGGGAUCCACAAAUAUGGAAAUACUUUGACUUCACAAGGUUGGGUUCGUUUGAAAUCAGCUCAAGUAGCUUACAAGUACUCACGGAAUUGUUCACUGCACAUCCAAAAUUGGUAUCGACGGAAUUCUUCUGUAAUGAAGAGAACUUAACAAGAUUUAUCGAUAAGAUCAACAAGUUAAUGGCGCAUGGUAAUUACGUUACCAAGAGACAAAGUGUGAAACUACUAGGGACACUCAUUUUUAACCGAAUAAACAAAACCUUGAUGACCACCUAUAUUAACAAUUCGGAUAACGUUAAAUUGGUCAUGAUCCUCUUAAGUGAUAGAUCCAAGAAUUUACAAUUAGAAUCGUUCAAUAUUUUCAAAGUUGUUGUGGCAAACCCAAGGAAGUCUAAACCAGUGCUCGAUGUAUUGGUCAAGAAUAGAGACAAAUUGCUGAAUUUCUUUGAACAGUUUGGCACUGAUAAUAAGGAUUCCACAUUUUUGGAUGAGAAAGAAUUCAUCGUGGAACAAAUCGAGGCAUUGCCAAGGAUAGUUGCUGCCAAUGGCGAAUACGCUCUAGGAACCUCGCCACAGAAGAAUUUGGUUAUGUAG